AUGUCCGGGAAGCAUAUCAUCAUCAUUGGAGCGGGCCCCUCUGGCCUCACUCUUGCUGCACUCCUCCAACACCACUCCAUUUCCUUCACUCUCUACGAGCGCGAACCAAACAUAAGCUCUCGCUUCCAGGGUGGAUCACUCGACCUGCAUCCUGACUCUGGUCAACGUGCUCUCAAGGUCGCCGGACUGGAAGCUUCCUUCAAGAAAUACGCCAGAUACCAUGACCAGGACUACCGUUUCAUGGACAAACAUGCCAAGAACUGGCUCUUCCACCAGGCACCCCCUGAUGCAGAGGGUCGCCCUGAAAUCGACCGUUCGGAGUUGAGAAAAAUUCUGAUUGAUGCCAUCGACCCUCAGAAUCUCAAGUGGGACCACCAUGUUUCCAAAAUCAGCCCAAGGGCCGACGGGAAAUAUGAGGUCUCUUUCAUGAAUCAUGGUGCCUCCACGGUUGGCGAUCUGAUCGUUGGUGCCGACGGGACAUGGUCGAAGGUGCGCCCAUUAUUGACGAGCACGCAACCAGUGUAUACAGGCCUGACGGUGAUUGAUUGUCGCAUCUCAAAUCUGGACCAGAAAUUCCCCGAGCUUGGGAAAUUCAUUGGGAGAGGGACGGUCUUUGCCCUCAGCGACGGCAGCGGCAUCUUCAUGCAACGAAAUGGAGAUGAGAGCCUUCGCGUCUAUCCUUGUUUGAAGGUGCCGGAGAAGUGGGCCGUCGAAAGUGGUAUCGACUGGACAGACCAGAAGAGGGCCACGGCGAUGCUCUUGGAGGACGUCUACAGCGACUGGGACGAUCGUCUGAAAGAAGUGAUCCGCCGUUUGGACCCCAGAUGGACACCACGGGCUCAGUAUAGGAUGCCUCUGGGUAUGCGCUAUGACACUCGACCAGGGUUAACGCUGGUUGGAGACUCGAUGCACGUCAUGUCGUGGUUUGCCGGUGAAGGAGCAAAUCUGGCGAUGCUAGAUGCCUUGGAUCUAUUUCUCUGUAUCCAAGCAGAUCCGACGGACUUGAAGACCGCGGUGCGCAGAUAUGAAGAGCGAGUCAUGGGGCGUGCGGAUAGUACCAACAAAAUGUCUCAAGAUCUUUUGGAGGAAGCCAUGGCGGACGACUCACCUCGCGCGUAUGUUGAAUCUAUGGCCAAGGCGAUGGAUGUCUGGUUUGCUGAUGGACGGUUGCUGGAAGAAGUGGAAGUAUGA